CUGUUAUUUUGCUUUAUGACUUUCUCUCUGGAUCUAAGGAUGUGUGGAGUAUCAGUGCGAGUUGUGUCCGUACUACUGACCCUCAGUGUGUGUCUCUGUUCCUCACCCCCAGAGGAUUACGUGUUUCAGGGGAAGGCUCAGUGUUACUACAGGAACGGCACCGACAAUGUCAGGGCUCUGGUGCGCUACAUUAAUAAUCAGGAGGAGUACGCCUACUUUGACAGCGAUGUGGGUUUGUUUAUCCCUAAAAAUGAUUUUGGAGAAGUGCAGGCGGAUAAUUGGAACAGCCAGAAGGAGAUCCUAGAGCAGUUACGGGCUGAGGUGGACACAGUCUGCAGACACAACUAUCAGAUCUUUAAACCCACUGCUAUAGACAGGAAAUCUCAACCCAAUGUGAAAAUUGCAAACACAAAGAAACUGGAUUUAGAACAUGAAAAUCUGAUAACCUGCAUAGUAGAUGGGUUCUUUCCUUCACUGAUAAAAGUGACUUGGCUGAAGAAUGGAAUUGAAGAGGGAGACCAAGUCACAUCCUCAGCUUUACUAAAGAAUGGAGACUGGACAUUUGAAAUCCAUGUGAUGCUGGAGACAACCAUUAAACAUGGUGACACUUUCACCUGCCAGGUUGAGCACAGCAGCCUUCAACAACCUGUAUCUGUGAACUGGGAACCAGAUGUAUCUGAAUCUGCUCGCAAUAAGAUGUUGACCGGUAUUGUGGGCUUUGUGCUGGGAUCCAUCUUCAUCAUAGUUGGCCUUGUAGUUUACCUCCGGAGUAAGAAGACUAUGACUCGCUUUUCAGUGGUACAGAAUGAAAAUCUAAUGAAUUAAUCGGUCAGUAGAAGACAUGCUGUUACCAACUGUUCUUCAUGUACACUGUUAAUCAACACACUGAUAUAAUUAAGGAAUAUACUCUGCUUUGUUGGAUCUGCUAAAGCUGAAACCUCAAUCCUGUAACCCCAACCCUGUGACAAACCAUGCCGUACUUUCUUCAUAAUGUGUAUAUGGGCCAUCUUUUUUUUAUAUAAAACCACACUUUGGAACUCAAAAUAUUAAAGAGUAUGGCACCUGGGCUUUAUUCUUGAACAUAAUUUUAUUUUCUGAAAGUAGUUCAGACUGAAAAUAUGAUUUUUUUGUGUGUGGUUGCUUCUUAUAGAGCAUGAUUAUGAUUAUGUGUUUCUAAUAUUACUUCUUAAUUAAAGUUGGUAUUUUAUAAAACUUAA